UUAAAAACUUGCCGGAAAAUGAUAAAAAACGUUUUGCGGAAGCUCCUUUGGGUCAUUAAUCAAAUACAAAUUUCUUUUUUUGUAAUUAAUUGUUUGGGUCUUUUAACCGACUGUUGUGUAGCCUGCGUAGUAUUUAGCCUACUCUUGUGAUUUUUGUGGUUAUGUCACUCCAAGAAAGCCGUUGAAAACCCUCAAAUUAACACUAAUUUGCGUUAAAACUAGUGGAAGUAUUACAGAAAAUAGUGUUUGGAAGCUAUUUCGGGCCACGUCUGCCCUGGGGUAGCGCUAAUUUCGCCAAAACCCCAAAAUUUCAAAUUUGAGGUUAUGUCGGACACCGAGUUUGUGGGGCCUUUGCCCCAACCCAAGAAACGCCGUCGCUUAUCCCACGAAAACCUGUAUUUAGACAACCUGCCAAGUGCCGAGUCUUAUGAAAAAAGCUACAUGCACCGAGACGUAAUAACCCACGUUGUUGUCUCAGCCACCGAUUUCAUAAUAACAGCGAGUUGUGACGGCCACAUAAAAUUCUGGAAGAAAGUCGAGACUGGGAUCGAGUUUGUGAAACACUUCCGGAGCCAUUUGGGCCCCAUUACAAGCAUCGCUUGCAACGUGGAAGGGACGUUAUUUUGCUCAGCCUCGACUGAUAAAUCUUUGAAAAUUUUCGAUGUGGUCAAUUUCGAUAUGAUAAACAUGAUGAAGCUCGAUUAUGGGCCGAAUCAAGUCGAGUGGGUGCACGGGCCGGGUGACCCCGUACACAGUCUCGCAGUCACUGAUAGCGAGUCCCCGAAAAUCUACAUUUAUGACGGGAGGUCUGACAAUAAACCGUUGAAAGUCCUCGAGAAAAUGCACACACAAGCCGUGGUUUUAAUCAAAUAUAACCCCAAAUACGAUGUUGCGGUCUCGGUCGAUAAAACAGGGAUUUUGGAGUAUUGGACCGGACUGAAACAGGACUGUAUUUUCCCCAAAAACGUGAAAUUCGACUCGAAACUCGACACGGAUUUAUUCGAAUUUGCGAAAAAUAAGACAACUGUGACAGGUAUUGCAUUUUCUCCCGAUGGUUCAAGAUUUGCAACUUUGAGUACUGAUCGGAAAGUGCGUGUUUUUAAUUUUGUCUCAGGAAAACUUGUCCGAGUUUUGGAUGAGACUUUGCCACGUUUUACCGAAUUGCAACAAGCGACGCAACAGUUACCUAAUAUGGAAUUUGGGCGUAGAAUGGCCGUUGAACGCGAUUUGGAAAAGUCAGAAGCGGUGGUUUUAGCGAAUAUUGUGUUUGAUUACAGUGGACAUUUUAUAAUGUAUGCUACACUUCUAGGGAUUAAGUUGGUAAACUUGUAUACCAAUAAGUGUGUGAGGAUUAUUGGGAAAAACGAAAAUUUGAGGUUGUUGAACAUCGCCCUGUAUCAAGGUUCGGCGAAGAAGUCGAAAGCUGCAGUAACCUUCGAAAUCGAAGCCUCAAACAACCCCACCCUCGACGCCAUCCAACCCGACCCCACCCUCAUCUGCACCGCUUACAAAAAAUCACGUUUUUACCUCUUCAGUCGUCGCGAACCGGACGAACUCCAAGGUGACCAAGACCGCGACGUCUUCAACGAAAAGCCCUCAAAAGAGGACACUUUCGCCGCGACGGACAACCCCGCCGUUCAGCGCCUCUACGAGAACGCCAUCAUCCACACCGUCUUCGGCGACAUCCACAUGAAACUCUUCAUGAAAGAAACGCCGAAAACCGUGGAGAAUUUCUGCGUUCAUGCGAAAAACGGCUAUUUCAACGGACAUAUCUUCCACAGGGUGAUCAAAGGGUUUAUGAUACAGACGGGGGACCCCACGGGGAACGGCACCGGGGGUGAGAGUAUCUGGGGGGGCGAGUUCGAGGAUGAGAUUAGGCCGAAUUUGAGGCAUGAUCGACCUUACACAGUGUCGAUGGCCAACGCAGGGCCGAAUACCAAUGGGAGUCAGUUUUUUAUCACUUUGACGCCGACGCCGUGGCUUGAUAACAAACAUACGGUGUUUGGGAGGGUGGUGAAGGGGAUGGAAGUGGUACAAAAUAUCAGUAAUGUUAAAACUAACGCCAAAACUGAUAAGCCCUAUGAUGAUAUCAGGAUUGUGUCGGUUACUGUGAAGUAAUUACCUGAGAAAUUACGCUACGAACAGCACCAACACUCGGUUAUUUUCACAAGUGACUCAUUUUUUGAUAAAACUGUUUGGAGAUUAUUUCGUGAAUUGGGUAUCCUUGAACGGGUUUAUCUCUAAGUAUAUUAUUUUUUAGUUGUAAUUAACGAGUAAAAGGUAAUUAAAGGAAAGUGAUGCGUCAGCUUUAAAUUUAAUUCGAUUAGUUAUUUUUAAAACCAUUAUACAAGGUGAUUUUUUGACGUUUACUUGACAAAUUAGUCAUUUUUCUACGUAGAAUAUCUGCGUGCAAGUUUUUGCAAUAUUAAAAAAAAAUCGACUGACGCUGUAAUAAAUAAAUUUAUUGGCUUUUAAUAUAAAGUCACGGUCAAUCCAUAGUGGCCAUUUAAUUCACUUUUUUUUUUAAUUUGACGAGUUUAUUUUAUAAAUAAAAAUUCUACGGCGUUUGCUGUUUUUAAAAAAUUACUCUGUAUAAUAAUAAGUCCUCGCACAGUUAUCAGUCUUGUCAUGUUGGUAUAAGCCACUAGUUAUUUCGUGUUAUUGGGUUGGUAACGUAGAAUGUCAAUUGUGUGUCAGCCGCAAUUUUAAAUUUAAAAUAAAAAAUUAAAUCUGCUCAUUGAGUACAUUUUGAAAAUGAAAAUAUUGCAUUUUUCCGUGUCAUCAACUUUAUUUCAUGUCUUUUGAAAUAAAAUUUGCACACCCUUUUUUCUAUACCUCAAACCUGAUCUAGGAAAUUUUAGUGUUCUUAAAAGUCUUAGGGUGGUACUGUGGAUGUUUGACAUUGACAAGUUUAAAAAAAAUUGAAUUUAUUUAAAGUAUUUUUUAGGCAACUGUGUAAAUAAGUUUUUACACUUUGCUUAAUUUGUUUACGAAAGUGCCUAAUUUUAAGUUAAAAUGUACUAAAAACAGUCAUUAACAUUAUAUUAUGGUUGUUUUAUGUGUUUUCAUUGUUUCAUUUUUAAUACGCAUAAAAAAAUUUCAUACCAACCCACGCAACAAAAACAUUCCAUUUGUCUCGCCGUUUAAAAUUCAAACAAUAGCUUGCCGUUUUUUAUCAGUAAUUAGUUCUAAUUACCUAUAAUUAUUUCAUUUUUUCCCAUAAUUAAGUUAAUUGACUCAUCUGGUGUAUUUUGUGUUGCCUAUCUUGGGCGAUAUUCUGACAGUUCAAUUCAAUUUGCUAGUGACUCAAAGAAUUAAUUUUGCAUUUUGCUUGUAAUAUAAAUUAACAUAAAAUAAAAAGUCAUUAUUGUAGUUGCUUUA